UGUAGGGGAACCGGCCUCCUCUUAUAAAUCCCUUUAAGAUAGCACAAUAACACAUGACAGUACUCCAACACAAAAACUCAUCAAAGCAAUGAAAGGCCAGGUGUUCAACAAAUGGGUAUGUUUCCUUCUGACAAUAGUCACCAUCUUCCAUCAUUCCCAUGGAUCAAAAGAAGUAGUCCAGCCCAUCUCACAUUCCCAUCUCCUAAAGCCUUUUAUCAUCCAGCUUUCCCAAUGGAAGAGACAUCAAAUCCAAUUCCAACAAGGACAGCUCCAAAUAAACCUCCAUACUAUCUUAGCAGGACUCUUCUGUUUUGUUGCUGCCUCUAUUUCCAGUGCAGGUGGGCUUGGUGGAGGUGGGAUUUUCCUACCCAUACUAAAUAUAGUAGCAGGCCUAGACCUCAGAACAUCUACAACUUUCACAGCCUUCAUGGUCACAGGAGGGUCAGUAGCUAAUGUCAUAUGCCACCUGUUAUGUCACAAAACUCCCAUGUUAGGCUGUAGCAAACCCUUGAUUGACUAUGAUAUAGCACUUUUAUCAGAGCCAUGCAUGUUGCUGGGAGUGAGUGUUGGUGUGAUUUGCAACACCAUUUUUCCUGACUGGUUGAUUACACUGCUCUUUGUUGUUUUUCUUGCAUACUCUACAUUCAAGACAUGGAGAUGUGGGGUUGCGUAUUGGAGAUCUGAGUCAGUUCAGGUGAAGGGAGAUGGAUUUUGUAAGACGGGAAAUAGGGUUUUGAGGGAUGAUGGUUUGGACGGUGGUGAUGGUGGGAAUGGUGUGAACGAGCCUCUUUUGGGUGGGGGCAGGGAAAGGUGUUUGGAAAUUCCGUGGAAGAAAUUGGGUCUUUUGGUAAUGGUUUGGGUGUGUUUCUUUGCUUUGCAUGUUGUUCGAGGAGAUAGAGAUGGACAGGGUGAAAUAAAAAUAAAGCCAUGUGGAGCUGGAUACUGGAUCAUCUCUUCACUUCAGAUUCCUCUGGCCAGUGCUUUUACAGCUUUUGUUCUGUAUCAGAAAGAUGGCUCACAAUAUCAAACUCCCAAUCAACAGGCUAUGGUGGCUGCACCAGCUAGAAUUGAACUACAGUCGAACCUUAUUUUCCCGCUAAUGGCACUCCUAUCGGGGAUUCUAGGUGGGCUUUUUGGCAUUGGAGGAGGAAUGCUUAUAAACCCAAUUCUUCUUCAGAUGGGUAUACCACCACAGAUCACAGCAGCCACUUCCUCUUUCAUGGUGUUGUUCUCUUCCUCAAUGUCGUCAGUCCAGUACUUAAUGUUGGGCAUGAAGCACGUAGACCAUGCGCUGAUUUUUGCCUUCGGAUGUUUCAUCGCUUCACUGCUUGGGUUGGCCAUAGUACAAAGGGCGAUCGUGAAAUACCGACGGGCCUCUCUGAUUGUGUUCUCUGUCGGCACGGUAAUGGCAGUGAGCACAGUUCUGAUUACUAGCUUUGGAGUGUUUGAUGUUUGGAGGGAGUAUGAAAGUGGGCAAUAUAUGGGGUUCAGGUUGCCCUGUUGAAAAUUCUCAGCAGUAUCAUGUCUAAUUUCAGUUCAUCUUCA